GUCCCUACUUCGGCAAAUACCAAUUCUACUGCUUGUCCGGAACCGACAGCUAAUAAGUACAUCAAGGGAAUUAAAGGGGUGGCUUACAUCUUGGCUAUCCUCCUUUCGCUGUUUGGUAACAUUAUGGUGGUACGUGUGGUCCACAAAAACCGACGAAUGCGAACGAUAACCAACUACCUUAUCAUUAACAUGGCCCUGGCGGAUCUACUGAUCACAGUGUUCAACAUGUUAUCAACUUUGUACUGGAUUUUCAGCGGCUCUAAUGUGUGGGCUAUUGGAGGAUCGAUAGGGGAUGUCCUUUGCAAGCUUCUCGGCUUCGCGCAACCCGUCUCAAUAGCAGUCUCCGUUUUCACGCUGUGCGCGAUCGCGUUCGAUCGCUUUUUCGCCAUUUUCAGACCACUGAAACGCGUCAUCACAUUUCGCGUCGCUAAAUUCAUCAUUGGGGCGUCGUGGGUGUCGGCGAUUAUCGUCUCAGGUCCUCCGAUUUAUACUUUGAAGACCACUGGUGAGAGGGGCUUUGUUUACUGUAACGAAAAGUGGGAACCGCCUUUCAACGAGGCAACCGCCUCACGCGAUUACACGAUCGCGCUCUUUGUUUUACUCUACGCCUUUCCUUUGACUGUCAUCGCGUCUCUUUACACGGUUAUCAUGUUAAAGUUGUGGCGCAGACAAGCACCAGGUCAAGAGCUUACUUCCAACCAGCAAAACAAGGAAAAAACCAACAGGAAAGUCUUGAAAAUGCUGGUAACGGUGGUGAUAGUUUUCGCGUUGUCGUGGCUGCCGUUAUACGUGCGAAUGUUUAUGAUGUUCGUCGAGUCUGAUCGCUAUGCCUGCGGCUUACCCUACGACAUGGAUUUCCUCACACUCUUUCUCGGACACGCAAAUUCGGCUGUUAAUCCUUAUAUUUACGUGAUUUUCAACGAAAAUUACAGAAGAGGCUUUCGAACUGUGCUUUUUAGACGAGACUGAGGAAGCAAAAGUUCGCCAACCUUAAGAGGCCCUGCGCCUAAGAAACGACCGAUGAUUUCCGGCUAAUAAAAUAAAAUCGGCCAAUUUUUAUCUCCCAAGUAGAGGUUACCGAAUACUAUUCAAAAAUGAAUUUCUUUUGUUUCAGUUUCGCUUUAAACCAAAAAUAUCGAGCCGCAAACUUUUUCCGUCUGAUAGCAGCAAAAUCAGGCCUAAAAUAAGCUCUCGCAAAAAACGGUUCAGAAAUCACUAUCGCGACGCAAAACAACGAGAAAACCACACAGGGAUGAAGAAAAAGGCCUUUUAAUGCAAUAUCAUUCGAUAAACAUCAAAAAACUUUAUUGCAUAUUAAAUUAGAUGGAGCGUUGGAGUUGAUUGCUGCGGAGCGACCGCAGGGAGUGAGCAGCAACAUAAUCAGGAUUUAAAGGAAAUAUAUAAGGGGCGAUGAAUUCUCGAAUUCAUCACUUUUUACCACAAUGCAUUGCACUUAACCACACUUUUUACCACAAUGCAUUGUAUUUAACUAGAGUGCAUUGCGCCACGGACAACUCAAAUAAAAACACGGGGAAGUUCGCAUCGUUCGCUGCCCAAACUCAGAGUUUUCUUUGUAGCAAAUUUUCUACAGCACGGUUAGAGGUCUUACCAAAUUUAAGCCACGCAGGAGUCUUUCAGAUGAGUACGAUGGUUAACUUGGGGAUUGGUUUUUAAUUCAAGAGCCUUUGACGCAUCCAGGUCACUGAGGUGUUAAACCUGACGAGAAGAUGAGCAUUUGCUCUUCGACUCUGCAACACGGGGGAUAUACAAAUUCCAGCUUGCUAGAAGGUGAUGUGAAAGUAUGAAAAUGUCAUGCCAUGCUAUUCGUAAGAACCUGUAUGAGCCGAAAAUGGAUGUGAUUUUGACCAUUCGCUUCAAAAUAACAGCGGAAAUCGAGACAACAAAACAUAUGUUUUGUGUCCUACGUUGCAGACGAGGACGUGUAUCGGCGUUUUGAAAAGCAUAAUUAUGUUCUUUCAUUUAUUCAUUGCCGUGGAAUAUGCGUUUACAUUGUUUUUUACUGUUAAUAGCUCGGUUAAUGCGGCUGGCGAUCAUCUGCCGGCGGAAGUUUCAUGGAAAAGGGAUUAAACUAAAGACUGUUCCCAAACUUACCUGUUCAGUCUCUGUGGUAUAGUGGUUAGGUGUAGUCGCGUCGAGCCGAUGGUGCCGGGUUCGACUCCUACCUAACUCUUUUUUUCCUUCUUUCUUUUUUUUCCGUUUUUUGUGUUGUUGUUUUCUAUAAAUAUAUAGCUAUAUAACUGUUACUUAAUAAAGUGCAAUAAACAGCAAGGAAAGUAUCGUGUUUCCAGAGAAAAGAUAGUACACCGUAUACUAAAUAUAUCGAUAAACAAUCUGAAUUUCUAUCAUUUCCUACAAUUUACUGUGGGAAAACCAGAGUUGAUAACCACUUGAUCAUUUUCUAAACAACGUUCCCGCGAGUUCUCUCUAUAGACUGAUAGUAAUUAUUCUAGUACUUUCCAACAUGUAAAUGGGACAUUCAAUGUCAUUUUCGAUUACUUUAAGUCCCACUGCCUAACUAAUGCCAGUAUCAACAGAAUGUGCCGCAGCAUUACUAUCUUUUAGAUACCCUAGUUUUAAAAUAAUAAUUUCUCAAAAGUCCAACGCUGCUGAAAGCAAUCACAGUGAUGAAUCAGACAUUGGAGAGAUAUACAUCACGUUUUCGGAAAAACAUUUUUCGGCCAAAGUAUACUGACGUUGUAAAAACCGUUCAAAGUUACCGUAUUUACCGUUAAGUUGCCACUUCGGCGAAACACUUUUCUGUUGCCAAUAUGGCCAAGGAUAGCGUGGUAAACGCCACUUUUAAGCCUUGCUAGGCGCUCAAGACCAUCCUAAAUAGAAGUAUAUAGAAUUAAAAGAGAAAGGAAAAUGAAAGAUUUGCAGAAAAAGAGAAUAACUCGAAAUUACCUUCUGCUAAGGAGAGUUGAAUCUUGGAAAUGUUGUCGCGUGACAGCGUUCAUUUGUCCGAACUGCAGCGGGAUCCAAACAAAUACGUGAAAUAUAAGUUUAAAAAAACAGUCUUUCUAUCACCAGAAAUCGUGAAGUGAAACAGUUUUAUGUUUUUCCUAUUAAUGAUGAUGAAUUCAGCCUCAGCUAGUCUCCAAGUACUUUGAAUGUGGGCUGCUUGUAUUUCGUUACAUACAUUCCAACGGACGGUACGGGUCAGCGCUUAUAGGGGUCAUUGGAGCUUACUUUAGUAAAGCAUUCGAUAGUAUCCCCAGAGGGAAACUGUUUCAAAAAUUGAAGCUAGCGGGAGUAACGGGGCGCUUCCUUGAGAUUUUACAUAUUUUGACUCCAAUGAUAAAUCAUCUGUGAAAAUUGAAAAUAUGCUAACACCUGCCUUUCGAUGCCAUACCGGUGUAAAACAAGGUUGCAUGCUCUCGCCAACCCUUUUUAACCUUUAUCUCAGUGACCUUUCAGAGAAACUUAAGGCCAAGAACCUAAAUGACGUAGAACUAAACGAGUUACCGUUAAGUUGUAUGCUCUACGCGGAUGACUUGGUCAUAUUCUCCAAAUCAAAAAACGGACUGCAGAAUUAUUUGGAUUCCCUCAGUGAAUACUGCAAAGAAAACGACUUGUCGGUUAACCUUAAUAAAACUAAGGUAUUAAUUUUUAAUAACUGCGGGAGAACCAUGAAUAAGCACGUAUUAUACUAUAGAGGCAGUAAACUUGACAAUGUUAGCAAUUACAAAUAUCUUGGCCAACAAUUUAGUACUUAUGGGACCUUCACGUAAGCUAAACAGGAAAUAAAGAAGGUUGCCCUUAAAGCUUUGUACAAACUCAGGAAGGAAAUGGGCGACCAUUUCAGAGACGAUGUACAGCUCACAAUGAAAAUUUUUGACACGGUUAUUACCCCAAUACUCACCUACGGAAGCGAGGUCUGGGGGGUCGAUCACGACGGAAAGCUAGAAAAUGAUCCAAUUGAGUUUGUUCAAACAAAGUUCGUAAGGUGGCUAUUGGGAGUUAACAAAUUCUGUAGCUCAAAUGCGUGCAGAUCGGAGGUAGGCCGUUUCCCAAUGCGAACGAAGACAAAGUGCAGAGCCAUUAAAUAUUGGCUGAAAUUUUGUGAGCCGGAGCACCAAAAUAAACUCUCUGGAAUAGCAUUUACAGACCAAAUUGGUCAAGAUAAAAAGGAACUUUGGUCAAGCACAUUAAAACGACUAUUAAACCUCGCAGGUCUUGGCGACAUAUGGUCAGCGAAAACUAACACUCCCGCAGUCAUGAACUAUAUACGACAGAGACUCUUAGACAUAGAACAGCAAACAUGGAUUAGCGAAAUACACAAUGAUGAACGAAAGGACCCGCAUCAAACAAACAAACUAAGAACUUUUAGGAAAUUUAAACUUACCCAUGACUACGAAAAUUACCUCACAAAUGUAAGAAACAUCAAUCAUAGAGUAGCAAUCACAAAGCUAAGAUUAAGCAACCACAAACUAGCAAUUGAAACUGGACGAUACGUUAAACCCUAUCAACCACCAGACCAAAGAAUCUGUCCAUUAUGUAAAACUGGAUUAGAAGAAGAGGAGCAUUUUUUGAUGAAUUGCAUAGCCUAUAGGGAUCCUAGGAGAGAGCUGUUCAAUACGCUAAAAAAGGAAACUAAUCUUAUUCUUGACUCCAUGACUCCAAGCUCUUCCUUUACAACGUUGAUAAGUAUGAAGCAAGGAGAGAAAACGCAAAAAAUUGUGGCUAAAUACGUAUAUGAUCGCUUCCGUGAAAGAGAUAGACGCGUUAAAUAUAACCUUGUUUAAUAGUUGUAUAAAUUUUACAAAUGUAUACCUCUGUAAUUAUUGCACGAAAAUCUUUGUUAUCAUUGUAAACACAUGUGUCUGUAGGCGCUCUGUUGAUAAUAAAGCACUUAUCCUAAAAAAAAAAAAAAAAAAAAAAAAAAAGAAAGGUGACGAAGUUGGAGAGCAACGCCAUGCUAGGGGGGUCAUUGGUAGGUACCCAAUACCGAAAAUAAAUGCGGUAUCGGUAUUUCGUCGAUUUUUGACACGGUAUUUCGGUAUUUACCAAUUUUUCUCACGGUAUUGCGGUAUUUAAUCAAUUUAAUUCAAUUUUGCGAGGAAACGUGAGACGACCUCGAAUUGAUCGGUACAACGAACGAAAAAGAUACCCUACCAAUUUCAUCACAGAUUAUCUGUCAGAAAUUGUGUAAUGGUAAUCAUUUACCAUUAAUCUAAAGUCUUAAAAAUACUGACGUGCAUUAAACUAGCCUGCGUAGCAGGCGCUUGGAAGUAAUGGGCGCGAGAGAGAGCGGGCGCGCGCGAGGGAGACACGCGAGGGGUCAUCCAAACGCCUGCUACACAGGCUAGCAUUAAACAGGAGAGGGCAAUGAACAGUACCGCAAUACCGUGAUCUUCUUUUACCGAAUACCGUUAACCAAAAGGAAGAAAUACCGCAUACCGCAGGGCUAAUAAAUGAUACCGCAAUACCCCACUUUAAAAUCCAAAUUAACGAAAUACCGCUUGAAAAAAAGCUCAAUACCGUAAGCGCCCAUUUCCCCCUCCAUGCUGUUGAAGAGGUGAUAGAAUAUUUGGGCUUAAAACAUCCGAUUAUAUUUGCUGUUUACAAUCUUUGUCAUAAUUAUCACAGCAACAAACUUUCAUCUUUCAAUGUUAGUGUUGAAAGACAUGUGCGGGUAUUUCGAAAUACCUUACAAAUCUACAGAUCUAAAAAGAGACCUUUUAGCCAAGGUUUCAGUGUAAAGGAGUGUGACUGAGUGCAGCAAAAAAUAAUUUCAUUCUGUAACUUUCCUGCGCAAGAGUUUGAGUGCAUGGUAUGCUGUCCAAUCGGUAAUGUGACAAGUUGUGCGUUGUGCAUUGGUUAUCAUCUAAAUAUUAUAAAUAUUAUUGUGGAAACAAAUUAUGAAGCAUAUUAUAAAAUGAAGUUGCAAAAUGAGUGAGGCACUUUCAUCGAUUUAAAAGUCCUACCGGUCUCCUAUCUUUUUUUAUGAUGUCCUCCCCAAUAUUUGGGUGACCCUAUUCGGCGGAAUGGCGGGCAAUCAGUUGUAAAAUACGGAAUAUACGUAAUACUCUAAAACACGGAAUUUACAGAAUAUUCUGUAUUUGAUUUGAACUGGACUGACGAAAAAGCAGAGGCAAUAUUAAAAAUUCAAUUUUCGUACUGCCGUAAGCCACACUAUAGACCUUAUGACGGUUUUGAAAGCCAUCUUGACGGGUGAAGGGUCCCGUAUCACGGGAAUCUAAUGUCGAAUAACUUUAAUAAAACGGCUGUUCUAAAAAAAAAAGAAUUGUAAACUUAAGCUUGACAGGAUUGUACUACCAAUUAAUGGGGGCCGCACCUGUUCCUAAAUUUGUCCGGUCGCUUGCUUUAGAUUUUCCAGAGUCUUCAAAGUCUUCAAAGGAAUGAUCUCUUCUUCAAAUUUUGUGGAGAUUGCUCGGCUGGUCGUUCUGGCGAGGAAGGAUCGGAUCCAGGGACAACAAGUCCGUUUUCCAGUCUCCUUGAUCCAUUACCUUAAUCGACUUGCACUUUGUUUUGACUGCGAGCUUUUUUAAGAAAGGUGAAUAUAAGGAAGGAAAGCUCCAUCGACAAAGUGCCCAACAAGUUUCAAGGUAAGUCCCUCGCGUUAACUGAGCAUUCACCGUCAGUAUUUGUUACUGCUACAGUUUCAAGUGUUGUUCGUUUUCAAAUAAAUAUCAAAGUUCUUUUGUUAACAUUUGGUUGUUUCUCAAAAAAGAAAUAAGCGCCCUGUCCCGAAUAAGCGUCCUUCCUAGAGGCACCAAAAGUAAAUAAGCGCCUGGGCGCUAAAUCGAAUCAUUACGGUAAGUCAAUUCUUUUACUUGUCACGCGCUUAAAACAUGGUUCGAGUUAAUGAGGGUAAAAUUAUAUAGAAAUGAUCUGAAGAGAAACAAAAAUUAGUAUUACUUCGAGUUAGCACGAGGUUCGAGUCAGUAGCGAGGGUUCGAGUUAUUGGAGUCGACUGUAUACAUGUAUACCCUUUUUAAACGAUUUUUCUCUUAUUCUGCGUUUUAGAGUAUUCCGUAUAUUCCGUAUUUUACAAUAUUCCAUGUAUUCCAUCAUUCCGUUCCAUCAUUCCGUCAGUCCGCCAUUCCACCGAAUAGGGUCACCCCCGAUAAUUUUCAUGUCCAAGAAAAUACUAAACGCGAGGCUAAUCAUUGUGCCAAGAAUUGAAUCUGUUAGCUACAUUUUAUAGCGCUAGAUAAUAGUCCUUUGAGAAAAAAAAAUAAUAAAAAAGAUAAAAAAAACGUAGUUCUUGGGCGUAAUGAACUCAGUUUUCGGGACCAAGAUGUUCCUCGUUCUCGGGAGCAACAGUACUCCAAUAUCUCUCUCUUUUUUCCUUGAAGGAAGACAUCGGACAUUGACAUGAAUGAUUCUCGCCCGAAAAAAAAAAGAUGGGAUCAGAUUUCUUUCAAUAGACCGCUGACCAGAAGCGUCGACUCGUGACCCCACAACGAUCAGAUCACGCUGAGGCCAAAACGGUGCGGCGAUUCGGGAAUUUUU